GCUAGUUUGAAAUCUAGGUCAUGUUCCCAGUCUUCGUGCUUGCCUUGUUUAUUGUAUUCCCAAAAAAAUCGGUUUCACAGCAAAACACUGUAACUUGCGGCUCAGUGCUCAAACUAUUGAAUACUGAUUUCAAUGCGCGACUUCACUCACACCAGGUUCAGUAUGGUAGCGGGAGUAAGCAGCAGUCUGUUACCGCUGUAUCUGACGAAAUGGAUACCAACAGCUACUGGCAGGUUGUUGAACGUAAUGGUAGCCCUCAGUGUAAUCGAGGUAGAGUUAUAAAAUGUGGACAAAAAAUCAGACUCAUGCAUCUAUCAACUCGAAAAUAUCUUCAUAGUCACCAUUUUCAGUCUCCUCUUUCGCCUAAUUAUGAAGUCUCUGCAUUCGGUGAGAAUGGAGUAGGCGAUGAAGGCGAUGAUUGGCAAGUUAUUUGUGAUGGUGCCUAUUGGAAGCAAUCGUCAAACAUUCGAUUAAAGCAUAUUUCUACGGAGGGAUAUCUUCAUCUCUCAGGUAAACAAUAUAGUAGACCUAUAUCUGGACAAUAUGAAGUUUCUUCAACUCCAAAAUUAACUAAUGCAAUUAAUUGGAUAGCUACAGAAGGUGUAUAUAUUGAUCCAGUAGAGUCUAUAAAUAAAUCAACCGGUUCAACAUAUAGCCAUGAUGAAUUCUAAUAUCUUGUUUUUCUGUUUGAUCAUGUUAAUUUCUUGUAAAAGGAGGUCUUGCGUUAACCUCUGUGAAUAUUAACCGAUUUGUACAUUUCAGUGUUAAUAUGAUUCUUUAACUUUCAAUUAAUGUGUUUAUUAAUAUGUUUAUGUGAGAUGCACAAUCCAAAUCUAUCUACAUCAAUAUCUUUGUGUAUAAAUAAUAUCCUGGUUUAACUGUAUAAACAAAAUCAUAUUUGUCUUUU